GGAGUGCUUGGAUUUGCAGCUGCAGCGUCUGUGUGCUAUAAUUUUCCAGUCUUAGCUGAGACUCUCACUGUGGCUUUCCCUGUGUCUCACACUCCUGAGCAACUCAAAGAAGAAACGAUAUGAUGUGCAUCAAGCUUGUAAUGUUGGUAGCCUUCUUUGCUGCUCAACUAUGCUACGCAACGUCUGGAGACCUUGAAUUCACAUUCAACGGAUUUAGGUCGGCCAAUCUGAGCCUCGACGGAAUAGCUGAGAUCACUUCCAAUGGCUUACUCAGCCUAACAAAUGAAACCAAUCAUCAGAUAGGCCGUGCCUUCUACCCCAUGCCUAUCAAUUUCAAGAAUUCACCCAACGCCUCUGCUUUCUCCUUCUCCACCACUUUUGUCUGUGCUAUGGUGACCCAGAUUCCCAGCUUGUGCUAUGGUCUGACCUUUGCUAUUACACAACCAGGAGGUCUCCCUGGAGCAUUUUCGUACCCAUAUUUUGGCCUCUUUAAUGAAACCAAUUCCUAUGGCAAAGAUAACAAUCAUGUGGUGGCUGUGGAGCUGGAUACCCUCCAGAAUCCUCAAUUUGAUGAUAUUGAUAGCAACCAUGUUGGAAUUGAUAUCAACGGCUUGAAAUCAGUUGUAGCAAAAUCGGCAGGCUACUAUCAGGACAACAAAUUUCAUAACUUCAGUCUCUGCAGCGGCAAACCACUACAAGUUUGGGUAGAAUAUGAUGGCAGAGCUAAGCAAAUGAAUGUCACUGUGGCUCCUCUUAGUGUGGGUAAACCAAGUAAGCCUCUUAUGUCCUUUGCCAUUGAUAUUUCACCAGACGUACUAGAAACCGUGUCCAUUGGAUUCACGUCGGCCUCUGGUUCAUAUGCAUCAUCCGAAUAUGUUCUAGGAUGGAGCUUCAAAAUUAAUGGCAUUGCUCAAGAACUGGAUCCCUCUAAAUUUCCAAAGCUUCCAUGGGUGGGGCCUAAGAGAAAAUCAAGAUUUCUGGUGAUUGGGGUGCCCGUGAUUGCAAUAUUUUCUCUGGUUUUUAUUGUGUGUGGAGUGGGUUAUUAUGUAUUAAGGAAGAGGAAGUUUGCGGAGUUGCUUGAGGACUGGGAACUCGAGUAUGGACCUCAUAGGUUCAAUUACAAAGAAUUGUACUUUGCCACCAAGGGAUUUUCAGACAAACAAAUAUUGGGGGCAGGGGGGUUUGGCAGUGUUUAUAGAGGUGUGCUGCCCAACUCACAAGGUGAUAUUGCUGUGAAGAAAAUUUAUCAUCAAUCAACACACGGAAUGAGAGCCUUUGUCGCUGAAGUUGUUAGCAUGGGUCGGUUGUGUCAUAGGAACUUAGUUCCUCUUCUUGGCUAUUGCAGACGUAAAAGGGAGUUGCUUUUGGUUUAUCAAUACAUGCCCAAUGGAAGCCUUGACAGGUAUUUGUUUGGGAAUCCAAUACGCACCCUUAGUUGGAACCAAAGAUUUCAAGUCAUCAAAGGAGUCGCAUCAGCUUUGUUCUAUCUACAUGAAGAGUGGGAGCAAGUUGUGAUUCACAGAGAUAUAAAGUCUAGUAACAUCUUGCUAGAUAGUGAGUGGAAUGGAAGGCUAGGAGAUUUUGGCCUAGCUAGAUUGUAUGAUCAUGGAUCUGAUCCUCAAACUACACAUGUCGUAGGAACUCAUGGCUAUCUUGCCCCAGAACAUAUUAGAACUGGCAAAGCCACACCAAGCACUGAUAUGUUUGCUUUCGGAGCAUUCUUGCUUGAAGUUGCAUGUGGCAAAAGGCCUAUAGAGCAAAAAGAGCCAAAUGAGGUCCUUAUUUUGGUAGAAUGGGUGUUUUCAUGGUGGAGUAGAGGUGAAAUAUUGCAAGCUGUUGAUUCUAAACUUAGAGAAAACUAUGUUUCUGAAGAAGUAGACAUUGUCUUAAAGCUUGGAUUGUUGUGUUCUCUAUUAGAUACAGAAUUCAGACCUAGCAUUAGACAAGUUGUUCACUACUUGGAAGGCUCUAUAGCUCUACCAGAGUUGUCAUUACUCACUCUCUCGACAGCUGGCCUAACUAUUUCUCGAUGUGAAGGCUUCGAUGAUUUUGUAAUGUCACUUUCAUAUUCUAGAGAGACGAUAGACUCGCAUUAUUCUUCAAAUACGACCUCUGUUAUCUAUGAGGGUCGUUGAUUACAAGAAUGAAAGAGUUCAAUACUUGCAAUAUUGAA